CGGCUCCGGGGAAACCUGCGCCAGUCAACGCCUCGUUCCAUGGCUCCGCGUCCCAAGUCUCCAUCUCCAAUCUCCAUCCAAGCCCUUCUAGGUCUGUCAAAAGUUCCCAUCCCCGAGACCCGGCCCCGUUGGCAUUUCCGCGUUUCUGCUUCUGUCCUGGCUGAAAGAUCCUUCUCACGACUGGGAUGAGAUGACCAGCGACCCUCCGCCUCGCCCCGGCCUGCAACCGCUCUCCCAUCUCAAAGCUGGUCCGACCACGUCCAGCUCUAAAUCCACGGCUCUUCCGGCGUCCUCCAAUCUCCAGCUGCCAUCCUCGUCAAUUUCUCCGCGGCCUCGACUGCCAAAGCCCCCGAGCCGGGAUGAACAGGCCAGUGCAACGAGUUAUAAGGCAACGGUCGCCCUGAUCCGACGCGUCUUGUGUCCCCAGACCGGAAACCAUGGCGGAGCUUCCACCCCACAGCCUCGCGCGGACCUUUUACCCCCUCUCACAAGCUCAAACGAAAUAGACCUUCAGCUGUACGCCAUUCUUGCCGUCAUCGUCAAGGAGUUUGUUCUCGCGUGGUAUUCGAAAAUCACUCCGGACCAGACCCUGGUCAAUGAAGUCAUUCAAGUGAUUGCGCAUUGCACCCGCGCGUUGGAGCAGAGGGUUCGAGGAACCGACGUUGCACAGCUGUUUCUGGAUGAGGUUCCUGCUCUAGUCGAAGCGCAUAUUACCUGUGAGACAAUAAUUGCUCGGGAACAAUCUCAACUGCCUGGAUUUUCUUCCUCGUCUCGCGAAAUUUAUCAUGCCUUGUACCCGCAUCCGGCGUUCUCGCCGGUCCCAGAUCCCUCGGACGCGGACGUCGUGGAGCGACAACGCGCCAACGAGGCUGUAUACCGACAGGUGCUGGCCCAGGAGGUUCUGGCAGUUCUUCUCCCUACGGAGGACCUAGAAAAUGUCUGUCUGCGGACGCUGGUCGGCGACAUCGUGGCGGACCUGAUCUUGAGGAACCAAAUUAGCGGAAAGGUGUGCGAAGGCUGGUUUCUGUGGGAGAGUAUCACAAAGCUCCUCGAUGCGGUGGGACGCCAACCCGCCCGGGAGGAUGACACCACGACGACGGGACCGCUUAAACAUGACCAAUUGCAGAAGUUUGGGCUCCUGACGCCCAAGGAAGAUUUCCAGAACCGCCAUUCCUCCAAGGUCCCGCUGCCAGUGCCAGACUGGAUGUGGAACGUCCUUCAAUUCGGAUAUCUGGUCUACGUGACUCUACGUUUCAUCGUGACGGGUCUCUUUCGCGUUGCAACCACCCCGCCAGCGGCGUCGACGACCACCCCCGGCGGCCACGCAGCCGAGGCAUUCCCUUCAUGCAACCCUCCAGGCAAGCGCCCCGUGCUGGACUAUCGACUGUACGGAAUGGUCUCUCAGCUACUAGAUGUCCCCAAACGGAUGCCGUGGCUGGGAGGGUUGCUGGCCUUGUCGCAACACCUGAUCCUGGCAGGUCCAGGAAGAUUAGGUGACACCGAUAGUGUCCUUGAUAGGUUCCUUCACGAGACCAUUCAGGAUCAUAUCUUUCCCCCCACUUUAUUGCCCAACCUGCUUCUCACCUCCAGGGCGGCACUUUUUCCUUUGAACGCUCGUCCGGCUCAGGCCGCCGCGGGUACGAAUCCCACCGGGCCUCCGACGCCGCACCUGUCCGUGCAACCUCCCUCGUCGCCCACCGAGAGGGGUCCUGGCCCAAGGAGUGGUAGCGAUGCCGCUGGCGCAAGUAACGCCAGCAGUGGCGUCUCGACGCCUAACCUCUCAGCGACUGCGCCUUCCUUGUCGCCGGACCCACGCCCAUCCGCGGCCGAAAUCGCUUCCCUCAAGCGACGCUGCGCGGUGAGUCUUUUAUCGCGGAUUCCUCGUCCAAUUGCGCGGCACUUCUUUGGUAUUCCCGCCAAUGGCGCCGCACACGGCCCUCUCGCCGGCCAAGCUCCCAAUGAUCAUGAUCAGAAUCCACGGCUCCCGGACUCUGCCCGAGCAUCGUCGCCUGUUCCUCCGCCCGCUUCUCCUCCUCACCCUACUACCCCUUCUCAUCUCACCACCACAACUGCCCACCCGGAAGAGGACGCGCCUCUCCUCGCCGCCAUCGAGCACGACCUCCUCGACCUCUUUGCCGACGAGUACUGUAACAAACAUCUAAUAUAUUCGAUCAUUGAAGCUAUCCUGGCGAAGCUUCUUCCCGAGCUAUCAGAGCGCAGCCUCACGGAGUUAAUGGAGGACAGGGGCAUCGUUCGAGCCACCGCCUCAUGAAACCAUCACCCAGUAUUUUUCCCACCCGACAGUCUUUCA